GUCAGUCUGCUCUCAGUCAUCCUGCCUGCGCACAGCUGAGGCUCCACAUCCUAUACCAGUCUCCUCCUCCUCCUCUCUCUCGGCUCUGAGUAAAGAGGAGGCAACAAGCACAAGAAGAAGGAAAGAAACCAGAGUAUGAGGAUGAGUGUGUGCAGUGUGCCAGCGGCCCCCUGCUGCCGUCCCGCACAGUUCGUACGGAGCUUCACGCCCCCCCUGCUUCUCCUCCUCCUGCUCCUGAGCAGCAGCAGCAGCAGCAGCAUCGGGGCCGUCCCCUCUGCCUUCCAGCUGGCCCCGGACACCCCGGCCCCAGCCGAGCCCACCCCGACCCAGGCCACACCUCGUCCGGACCCCUGCGAGGGAAGACCCUGCCUCAAUGGGGGGUUCUGCCUGGCCCUGCCAUCCGCUGGCAGGCCAGAGGACACCUGGGAGUACACUUGUACGUGCAGCCAGGGCUUCACCGGACGCAACUGUGAGUUUUUCACAGACCCGUGUGCCAGCAGCCCCUGUCUCCAUGGAAACUGCAGCCGGAGCGACGGUGGGGAGGAGAGGGAACCGGCCUACACCUGUGAGUGCACCGAAGGCUAUGAGGGGGAGAGGUGUGAUCAGAUCCUUUUGGACCUACCGCCUGCCGACUGGGACUUCCCCACCCCCUCCGCGCCUGAAUUGGCCACCACCGCCGGCUGCACCACCACUGCGGGCACUCAGCCACCAGAGCCAACCAGCAUCCCCUCAUCCACAACGCCACCAUCUCCCACCCUGCAGCCAUGGCAACCCAAACCUGGGCAGAGGCUGCUGGUGGUGCCGUGGGAGGCAGACAGGGUGACGGAGGGUCUGCACUGUGUGAGUCCUGAGCUGUGUGAGCUGACAUCAGGAACUCUGACUCUGUCUCUGGAAGUGCCUGAAGAGACAGCUGUAAAGGUGGUGGUGAAUGCCAGUGGAGCUCCAGUGCUGUGGCGUGUGAAUGAAGAAGGGUUCCUCCGUUCCUCCAUUUUGAACGGCACUACAAUGUGGUUCCUUCAGGCUGCCGAUGGAUUGGUGGUUCCAGACCGCUCGCUGCCUCUGGGACAAAACUACUUCCUCAGUGUACUGCGUGUGGGCGCCGCCACAGCCCCGGAGGUCACCCUGCGUCUCAACCUGACGGUGAAAGCCAGCAGCUGUGUGGAGCCCGGCAGCAGCUUCAGUGACCCUCAGUGCUCGGGGAAAGGCAAAUGUAUCACACAGCCCUCCGAGAGCACUUUCUUCUGCGAGUGUGAGGACGGCUACACUGGAAUUUUCUGCGAGGAGUUCGAUGCCUGCCACCGCCGACCUUGUCACAGCAACGGCACCUGCACCGACGUUAGACAGGGGGGUGAAGGACGCAACUUCACAUGCACCUGCCCACCAGGUUAUGAAGGGGAGCGCUGCCAGUUGCUGGUCGACCACUGCCUCUCUCAGCCCUGCAAGAAUGGAGCCACCUGCUUCAGCAGCUUGGCCGGGCCCAGGUGCUAUUGUCCCGAAGGCUACCAGGGUGCUACAUGUGAGCAGAAGGUGGACCCGUGUGCCUCCGGCCCCUGUCACAAUAACGGGACAUGCUUCGCCCAGGGCCCCGGGCCCCUGGGCUUCGGCUGUAGCUGCACAGCAGGCUUCACCGGCCCGACAUGUGCCCAGCUGGUGGACUUCUGUGCCCUCAACCCCUGCGCCCAUGGGGUCUGCCGCAGCGUGGGCAACAGCUACAGGUGUCUGUGUGUCCCAGGCUACCAUGGCUUGUACUGUGAAGAGGAGUACAAUGAGUGUCUGUCGGCCCCCUGCCAGAACUACGUCACCUGCAAGGAUCUCAUCAAUGCCUAUGAGUGUGUCUGCACUCCACAGUUUGAAGGCAGACACUGUGAAAUCUACAAGGAUCCCUGUCUGAAGAUGCACUGCCAAAAUGGAGGCCACUGUGAGAGUGCAGGACUCAAUGUUUCCUGCGCCUGCCCACCUGGAUACCUUGGGGAGAAGUGUGAGGCGGACAUCAAUGAGUGUGAGAGCAACCCUUGUCACCAUGGAGGCACCUGCAUUGACCAAUCAAAUAGCUUCACCUGUCACUGUCCACCUGGGUGGGUGGGGCCCAGCUGUGAGAUCCAUCUGCAGUGGAAACCAGCACACACUGAGGACACUCUGACCAACAUGCCCCGUCACUCCCUCUAUAUCAUCAUCGGAGCGCUGUGUGUGGCCUUCGUCCUCAUGCUCAUCAUCCUCAUCGUGGGCAUCUGCCGCAUCAGCCGCAUCGAGUACCAGGGCUCGUCGCGCCACGCCUACCAGGAGUUCUACAACUGCCGCAGCAUCGACAGCGAGUUCAGCAACGCCAUCGCUUCCAUCCGCCACGCCAGAUUUGGCAAGAAGUCCAAGCCCGCCAUGUACGAUGCCACUCCCAUCGCCUAUGAAGACUACAGUCCUGACGACAAGCCUUUGGUUACCCUCAUCAAGACGAAGGAUUUGUAAAACACAACCAUCCCAACACAUCACAAGCUCAUGUACACAUGUGCACAGACACACACACACACACACACGCACAUUUAUAUGUAUACAUAUAUAUAUAUAUAUAUAUAUAUAUAUAUAUAUAUAUAUAUAUAUAUAUAUAUAUAUAUAUAUAUAUAGAAAGUCAGUAUACAUCUUGAAGUAUUUCCUAAGAUAAGAAAAUAACAACAGCUAAACAAAAUUGAAUGUAAAGUGGAGAAGAAAAUAUUCAAGACAUUCUGUAGUUUCAAAAGAACAAAUCUGGAAUAUGAUAAAUAUAUUUUACUGUCAACGUCAACAAUAAGGCUUUAUUGUAGCAUAAGAGAAUACUUUGCAUUACUUAAGUUAUUGAUGAUGGGCGAGACUACCAGUAACCUCUGCUGUACAACAGUGAUGACUUUAGUCUGUUGGCAAGGUCAGCAACCCAAAAGCCUAAAUUUCUAAGUGUAAACUCAGCAGACAUCGCUGACAGCAGUGCUUACAGGUGUGGUAGAAAUAGUUGCACUCAUCUUGGUGCAUACACUGUAUCUUUUUCUAUAUCUUAAAAAAAUAUCUGCAGUAGGUUGCCUUACUUCGUGCAUGUUUAGAUUAGAUGUUCUCUCUGCAUUAUUUUAAAAAUCCUUUGUACUUGGUUGUUGUUUUUUUCAUUGCGGUUGUAUUUCUCUGUCAAGAUUGUGCCAAAUAUGUGGGGGGUAAUUUGUGGUUAGAAGAUUAAAUACACACAUGUAUAAAAUACUAGUCACACAAAUGUUCUUUUUUUUCUAAAUUGCAUAUUGUCUUGUUCUUCACAUGCAAGUUUCUCAAUGGUAUUAUGAAUUAGUAGAGAAAGUGGGUUUACUGGAGUACUGUGACUCUACCAUCCUACUGUAUGUAUUUCAGUGAUAUUUAGGGUAAUAGGUAGGUAUAUUUCUCAAUGCACAGAACAGUAGUUGGGCAUUGGACGUUUAUUCAGAGUACCUGUUUAUGCUAGUGUACAAAUGCACCUCUAGUAUUGGCAGUGUUGAAACGUUUCUGACUUUAGGGUGGAGAGGAAUAGGAAGAGGAGACUGAGAGGGAUGAUAUCUACUCCGGAAAAAAUGUGCUCCAGUGUCCUGCCAAUGGAAACCUCUCUGUCCGUGCAGCUGGGAUGUUCCUCUCAAGGUCAAGCAAUAUUUUACCAACAGGCUGAACUAAUCCUCUGUUGUUUUUUUCCCUCUCAUUUUAAAGUACAUGAUUACCUAUUAUCUAUGUUGAAUGA